GUGUCUGUAACUUCUGAAUUCUUUUUAACUGAAACUGAAGCCGUCGUAAGUCAAAAACAGCAGCCAUCACACCACCUGAAAGCUACCUUCCUCCCUGCCAACAUUUUUGUCAAACUCUUCACCCCCACAAAAUGCAGCCAUACCCAACGUAUAUAAUUCAAGGUCCAGCCACACGCAUAUGGUUUUGAUCUCUCUCUCUCUCUCUCUCUCUCUCCCUCAUUUUGUUUCUCUCUAGCGCCACGAAAUUCCUUCCAGUAAGCUGCAUCGUACCACUGCCAUCCCACUAUGUACGCAGCAAUUUUGCUCUCACCAACUCGCCUCCAUUGAACCCCUGCAGUAUCAUUAACUAGGUGAACAUCAGACAGGAAAUCAUGACAGAAACCAUUGUGACCCUUGUCAUCAACGAGCUGGUUCAGUUAAUCGUUCAUGAAUCAAAAUUGCUACAAGGUGUCCACCAGCAAGUUAUGGACAUUCGAGAUGAACUGGAGAGCAUCCAGUGUUUUCUCAAAGAUACUGAUAAAGGAGGAGACCUCCAAGAUGGUGUCAAAACGUGGGUGAAACAGGUGAGAGAAGUAGCAUAUCAUAUAGAAGAUGUAAUAGAUGAAUACGUUCUUCACAUGGCACAACGUCUUCAUCAGCAAAGUUUUAUUACUUUUCUUCAACAAAUUGGUCGUUUAUUGAAAAAAAUAAAACCACAUCAUGACAUAGCAACCAAGAUUCAAGAUAUCAAAAUAUCAGUCCGUGAAAUCAAGAAACGAAGUGAAAGAUAUGGUUUUAGUUCCUCAGAUCAAGGAUCAAGUAACAGAGCAACAAAUAUUACAUGGCAUGACCCUCGAGUGGGUUCACUUUUCAUUGAGGAAGAUGAAGUUGUGGGUAUUGAGUCUACAAGGGAUGAACUUGUAAGCAAGUUGAUGGGGGGAGUAUCUAAACGCUCAGUGAUUUCAGUGGUAGGCAUGGGCGGAAUUGGUAAGACAACUCUUACUAAGAAAGUAUAUGAAAAUGAAUCAGUGAAGGGACAUUUUGAUUGCCGUGUUUGGAUCACUGUGUCUCAGUCAUACAACGUGUCGAAAAUACUCAUGUCCAUGAUAAAGCAAAUCUACCAAGCAAAAGAAACUGCUCCGGUGCAAAUACAUAUGAUAGAUGAGAUCACAUUGAUUAGCCAACUAAGGAAAUGUUUACAGCAAAAGAGGUAUGUUGUGGUUUUUGAUGAUGUCUGGAAGACAGAGCUUUGGGAAAUUGUGAAACAUGCUUUACCAUGCAAUGACAGAGGCAGUAGGAUUAUCAUCACAACACGUAGCGAUCUCAUUGGUGUUUCAUGUAGAGAAUCUUUAUCUGAUCAAGUGCACAAGCUACAACCUCUAUCUCAAGACAAGGCUUGGGAAUUGUUUUGCAGAAAGGCAUUCCAGAUCGAGUUCCAGAGGUGUUGUCCGAGAGAGUUGGUGAGAAUGUCUAUGGACAUUGUAAAAAAAUGUGAAGGUCUACCCCUUGCAAUUGUUGCCAUAGGUGGUCUCCUGUCAACAAAGGAGAAGGUGCCGUUAGAAUGGCAAAAGUUGCUCGAUAGUCUCAGUUCUGAGCUAGAAUGUAAUCCCCAACUUACAAGUAUCACUAACAUUCUCUCUCUUAGUUAUCAUGAUCUUCCGUGCUACCUAAAGCCAUGCUACUUGUACUUCGGUAUUUUUCCGGAGGACUACUCAAUCAGUGGUACAAGAUUACUUUGGCUAUGGGUAGCUGAAGGCUUUAUAAAAGGAAAGAAGGGAAAACCAUUGGAAGACGUGGCAAAAGAAUACUUAAUGGAGCUCAUCAACAGAAACUUGGUUCAAGUUUCAUUUGGGGAACUUGAUUAUGAGAUAACGAUAAAAUACAGAAUCCAUGAUCUGCUGCAUGAAAUCAUCCUAUCAAAGGCUGGAGAGUUGAAUUUCUGUCAAGUUCUGGAAGCUGGUGACACAACUUUCCAUGGAAAAAGUCGAUGCCUAUCAAUCCACGAUGUUAGAGAAAAUGUUUUUGAGAAAAGUGAGUACUCUCGGGUUCGUUCUGUUUUUCUCUUCAACAUUAGUGAAAUACCCAAGUCUUUCAUAGUUAAAUUGUUCAAAACGUUCAAGCUUUUGAAAGUGUUGGAUUUUGAAGAUGCUCCUAUAGAUUAUCUUCCUCAAGAAGUGGGCAAUUUAUUCCACUUGAAGAACUUAAGUUUGAGGAGAACAAAAGUGAAGAUACUUCCAAAGUCAGUGGGUAGACUACAGAACCUACAGACACUAAAUGUCAUGGAAACCGCAGUGCGUGAGCUACCAAUUGAGAUAUUUAGGCUUUAUAAGCUGAGACAUAUUUUGGCUCAUUCUCAUGACUUCGAAAUUAAAAGUUGCCUUCAUUCUAUGCGAGGAGUAAAAAUACAUGAAGGGGUUGGAAGUUUAAACGACUUGCAGACACUAACAUUAAUUGAGGCAAAUCAUCAUGGGGGUGGUCUAUUUGAAGAGCUUGGAAAGUUGAGUCAAUUGAGGGGUUUGGGCAUUUCAAGGAUGACUGCAAAACGUGGGAAGGCUUUGUGUACCUCCAUACAAAAUCUGGCCCACCUUGAAAUUUUGGUUGUAAACUCAAUUAGUGAAAAUGAGAUUAUAGAGUUAGAAUCAAUUUCAUCACCACCUCCAUUUCUAGAGCAUAUCUAUCUAAGGGGGCGAUUGAAAAAGUUGCCCAAUUGGAUUCUAGAGCUUCCGAAUCUGGGCACACUAAUCUUAUUUUUCUCAUCAUUGAAGGAAGAUCCAUUGUCGUGUGUCCAGGCUUUGCCAAAUCUAAUUACCCUUUCCCUCAAUCAUGCAUAUGAUGGGGAGCAGUUGCAUUUUAAGGAAGGUGGUUUUCGAAAACUCAAGAAGCUCACACUUAGAGAGUUGAAAAAAUUGAAGAUGGUGGAAAUAGGCAGAGGAUCACUGCUCGGUCUUGAGCAACUAGAGAUUGGGCCAUGCCCGCAGAUGAAAGAGCUACCCUCUGGAAUCCAAUACCUGGAAAGGCUAAAGAUUAUCGACUUCUAUGAAAUGCAGGGAGAGUUUGUGCUACGUAUGCAGCCAAAUGGAGGUGAAGAUUAUUGGAAAGUGAAGAAGGUAAGUACUAUCCGUCUCAGGUAUAGGAUUAAAGGAGAACGAUAUCAAAUAUACAAGCUCGAUGACUCACACUUGUUGGAGUGUCUGCAAGGAAUUCCAACCUAGCA